AUCAAGCAUGAGAUGAAAGUUACUGGAAUGCAAGAUCCAUGUGAUGGUUUCCGUGGCAACUACUUCACAAGACGCAAUGGCCCAGAAUGACGAGGAGAAGCUAUAAUUUGAUUUUACAUAUGUAAAACGAAGUGAGGUAGUAGGAAUGGAGGCUGAGGUCACACAGAAGGUACCAGAAGUGUUGUGUGAAGCUGCUGGACAAGAAGAUGCAGCAGGGACUGAACAAGCAUCUCUUGCCGACGGUGAAAGCACAUCAGCCCAGCCCGCUGCUGUCAGCAACGGAGAGGAAAGCGACGAGGGGAAAGAAAUGGUGGAUGUGAAAAUAAUUUGGAAUAAAAACAAAUAUGACCUUAAAAUUCCUUUAGAUGGCACCGGUGCUAAACUGAAAGAGAAAAUUCACACUCUCACUGGUCUUCCACCUGCUAUGCAGAAAGUGAUGUACAAAGGACUGCUACCAGAGGACAAGACGCUUCGAGAAAUCAAAGUUACAAAUGGUGCAAAGAUUAUGGUGGUUGGAUCUACAAUAAAUGAUGUACUAGCUGUAAAUACACCAAAAGAAGUUAUUCAGCAAGAGGUUAAAGCUGAGGAGAACAAAAAGGAGCCAUUGUGCAGGCAAAAGCAACAUAGAAAAGUUUUGGACAAAGGAAAACCAGAUGAUGUCAUGCCAUCUAUAAAAGGAGCUAAGGAGCGUCUGCCAACAGUGCCUUUAUCAGGAAUGUACAACAAAUCUGGCGGAAAAGUACGACUUACUUUUAAACUGGAACAGGAUCAGUUAUGGAUCGGAACAAAAGAAAGAACAGAAAAAAUCCCGAUGGGUUCCAUCAAAAAUGUUGUGACUGAGCCAAUAGAGGGUCACGAGGACUAUCAUAUGAUGGCAUUUCAACUGGGUCCGACAGAAGCCUCACAAUAUUGGGUCUACUGGGUGCCUGCACAGUUUGUUGAUGCAAUCAAAGACACAGUUCUCGGAAAAUGGCAGUAUUUUUAACGUGCCUCUAUAGACACUGAAGAAUUGGGAUUCAGAACAAAAGAUUGAAAACGUUAACUGGAGCCAACACAAUAAUCUGAAGAACUGAUUUUUCUGAAGUAUAUCCAGAGCAAACCGAAGGAUUGCUGUUGGACGAAAUAUUUUGGGGGUUUUAAGUGCACUAAGUGUCAGCAUCCCAUUUUUCAAACUGUUUCACCACUCGUUUUUUUUAAAGCAAUCCCAAGCAUAAACAGAAAAUUGUACAGAACUUGCAUAUACAUUUCUCGUAGUUAUUCUGAAAGAAAUAAAAAUUAUUUAAGGAAAACGAUCGAUGCAGUAGAAAGAUUUUAUCUAGUAUAUUCCUCGGUUUACUGUGCAACUCGAGCAAUCUUGCCAAAGUCGACAGUUCACACAGCUAAUUUUACAAUCAGUUUUUAUCAUUGCACAGACUAUAGUUUACAUACAACAACGUAACACUCAAAUAAGGUAUUAAUCCAGGUUAAAAGAGCAUUGUUGCAUUUUAUGUCGUUCAAAAAUUCUGCAGUUUCUUCAAGACUCUUAAUAGCACAUGGAAAGCUUGUCUCACUUUGUCUUGACGGCAGAAGACUUGUUGCAGAAUUACAACCCUAACGCCAAGAGUACAGUUGCUCAGCCUCUGUGCUUUCAACCACAUGAUGCUUUGACAAAGGCAAUAUCUUCUUAAUAUUUUAUUGUUUAGUGCAGCAACAUCUCUAGGCCUAAGUCCCUCUCAAAUCAGAUGUAAUAUUAGGGAAAACAGUGUUGAUGUGCCCUUAAUACACUGCGUAUAUAACUAAGUUGCUGAUGAGUGACUUUUCUGAUCAUGCAUGUUGUUUUUUCAAACAUGGUGCUAACCAAUGAUAAGCAUUUUUAAUUCAAUAAAGCCCAAAGGAAGGAAGAAUUUCAGUGAUCUUUCUGUAAUAAAUUUGCCUAUAUACUUACAUUUUUAAUUUUCAAACUCUACAUGUAUAUAUGCAUCUAAUUCGAUAAUAAGAGGAAUAGCUCAACCUAAAAUGAAAAUUUACUCAUCCUCAUUCCAUCCAAGAUGUAGAUUUAGCAGUACAUGACUUGUUCACCAAUGGAUUCUCUGCAGUGAAUGGGUGCCGUCAGAAUAAGAUUCC